GAGAAGAGUGAGACCGACGCAACGCAACGCAACGCGGUCUCCGCCGUCUCCAACCUCUCGUCCGCCUCCGCCUCCCAAAUAAAUCCGACCCAUAAUUUUUUUCUUCUGCCGCUGUGUCCGCCAUUAUUCCUCCGCGAGGAACGCCUCGAGGUGCCCGUGCUAGAUCGGUGGCGCCUCCCUCCUCUCCCGAGAAAAAGUUCCCAGGCCGGUUCUUGGGAGGGAUUUCUCGGACGGUCCGGUUCUUGAGGCAUGCAGAGCCAGAUCGUGUGCCAUGGGUGCAGGAGCGUUCUACUCUACCCGAGAGGGGCGCCCAGCGUGUGCUGCGCGGUGUGCCACGCCGUCACCAGCGCGCCUCCUCCAGGAAUGGAGAUGGCUCAGCUUAUAUGUGUCGGUUGUCGAACCUUGUUGAUGUAUGCUCGCAAUGCAACUACCGUCAGAUGCUCAUGUUGUGAUACAGUCAAUCUUGCCAGACCAGCACCGCCAGUGAGUAGUAUAGCUCAUGUGAACUGCGGCCAGUGCCAGACGGUGUUAAUGUAUCCAUACGGAGCAUCUUCAGUCAAAUGCGCUAUCUGCAAUUUCAUUACAAAUAUUGGGAUGAAUACCAUAAGACCGUUGCCACAUACAAUGCCUGCACCAAACGGAACUUCAUAUAUUGUCCCAUCGACUUCUGCGCCAUCCGCUCAAUCACAGAAUGUAACCGUGGUUGUCGAAAAUCCAAUGACAGUAGAUGACAAGGGAAAACUGGUGAGCAACGUCGUGGUUGGGGUAACGUCUGGUGGGAAAAAGUAGCAAAAUAUGUCGGCAGCACACAAGUGUGGUCCUGUUCUAUGUGUUUAUAAUCUGGAGUUGGAAACACUUUGUACUAUACCCUUGUCGGGCGAUCUAUCAAUCUGUUGCUCAGAAGCAAGAAAAAUCCGAAGAGCCUAAAGAUGUUUUGUGCCCGACAAAAAACAAAAAACAAAAAAGAGAGUGCGGGAGUGCGAACUGAGAAAACUGCAAAAACUGUAGUUUGUUUACACCUUGAUUCUUUUGUAUGUAAUAUAUGGGACCUCCCUAUGUGAUCAAAUUCCUGCCCCGAUUAAGGGUCCUCUCUCAUCCUGGAUGAAUAACAGCAGAUAACUUUGCACA